GGAGCAUCUGUCUGCGUCAGGAGGCUGCACAGACAAGAAAGGCGAAGCAGCAGGAUUUCAUACAGAAGAGGGCACACAGGGGCGCUCCGAAUAAGAAGCCAAAUUCUGCACUGCAGUGGAUUUCCUCAGAACCGCCCUAUGAACUUCUGUUGCCAUGGCAUCUGACAGUUUCCAGUACCGGGCGCUCUUUGAGUACAAGCGGGAGCGCGGUGAUGACAUCAGUCUCCAGCCAGGUGACCUGCUCACCGUCCCCAAGGCCUCGCUGAUGGCGGUGCCAGGGCUGGACUACCAGGAUGGGGACGAGCGGAGCCCCAAAGGCUGGCUGCAUGGCACCAACGAGAGGACCAAGGAGAAGGGAGACUUUCCAGGGACUUUUGUGGAGUAUGUCGGGGUGGUGAGGGUCAGCCCUCCUGCGGCUAAAUCCUGGCCCAGGCCUGUACCACCAACCCCAGGGGGGUCACAGAUCGCUGUGGGGGCUCAGCCUCUUGGAGCAGCUGCUGCUUCAGGUGUGGAGGCGGAGCUUCUGUCUGAAGUGGCUCCUGCGGUUGUUCUGAGACUCAUCGAGGCCGUUGAGAAACACGGUUUGAACAGUGAGUCUCUGUAUCGAGCUCCUCCAGUAGCCUCCAGUGGACCUGCAGAGCUGCGACAGGCUCUGGACUCAGAUCCAGUCUCAGUGGACCUGGACCAGUAUGAUGUGGUAUCUCUGACUGAUGCUCUCAGAGGUUUCCUGCAGGACCUGCCCGCCCCCAUCAUCCCCGCCACAGUCUACAGCGAGUUGGUCUUCACUGCUCAAGAGAGUCAGAGUGUGGAGGAGUGUGGGGAGAGGCUGAAGAGGAUCCUGGAGUCUCCCAGCAUCGCUCAGGCCAACCACCAGCUCCUGGUCCACCUCAGCAGACACCUGGCCCGGGUCAGCCAACACAGCAACGCCGGUCCCCGGCUGCUGGGACAGGCCUUUGCCGAGGCCGUCUUCAAGCACUCUCCUCUCAGUGCGGACGUGAUCCCGGAGCAUCACGUCAGGAUCUUGGAGGCUCUAAUCGCAACAGGAGGUCUCAUGGAGAUGCAGGCUGCGCCAGCUCUUCCUCCGAAGCCAGCGAAGCCCCAGCAGCCCUCCUCAGUCGGGGUGGGAGGGGGCAGCAGCAACGGCACCAAGGACGGAGGAGCAGUAGGCUCACUGCAAGAGGCUGAGUGGUACUGGGGUGAUAUAUCCAGGGAGGAGGUGAAUGAUAAGCUCAGAGACAUGCCUGAUGGGACCUUCCUGGUUCGGGACGCUUCCACCAAAAUGCAGGGCGACUACACGCUCACACUGAGGAAAGGGGGCAACAACAAGCUGAUAAAGAUCUACCAUCGGGACGGGAAGUAUGGCUUCUCCGACCCCCUGACGUUCAGCUCGGUGGUGGAGCUCAUCAGCCACUACAGACACGAGUCUCUGGCUCAGUACAACACCAAGCUGGAUGUCAAACUCAUGUACCCCAUCUCCCGCUUCCAGCAGGACCAGCUGGUAAAGGAGGAUAAUAUUGAUGCUGUGGGGAAAAAGCUGCAGGAGUACCACAAUCAGUACCAGGAGAAGAGCAAAGAGUACGACAGACUGUACGAAGAAUACACCAAGACGUCGCAGGAGAUCCAGAUGAAGCGGACAGCCAUCGAAGCCUUCAACGAGACCAUCAAGAUCUUCGAGGAGCAGUGCCACACACAGGAGCGCUACAGCAAGGACUACAUCGAGCGCUUUCGCCGUGAGGGCAACGACAAGGAGAUCGAGCGGAUCAUGAUGAACUACGAGAAGCUCAAGUCUCGGCUCGGAGAGAUCCAUGACAGCAAGGUGCGGCUGGAGCAGGACCUGAAGACACAAGCCAUGGACAACCGCGAGACUGACAAAAAGAUGAACAGCUUGAAGCCUGACCUCAUACAGCUCCGCAAGAUCAGGGACCAGUAUUUAGUCUGGCUCAAUCACAAAGGAGUUCGUCAGAAACGAAUUAACGACUGGCUAGGAAUCAAGAACGAGAACACUGAUGAAGGCUACUUUGUGAGUGAGGAGGAUGAUAACUUGCCUCACUACGAUGAGAAGAGCUGGUUCGUCGGGGACCUGAACAGGACGCAGGCGGAGGAGCUGCUCCUCGGGAAGCCGGACGGAGCCUUUCUCAUCCGAGAAAGCAGCAAAAAAGGCUGCUACGCCUGCUCUGUAAUUGUUGAAGGUGAAGUGAAGCACUGCGUCAUCCACAGCACACCGCGCGGCUUCGGCUUCGCUGAGCCCUACAACCUGUACAGCAGCCUGAAGGACCUGGUGCUCCAUUACCACCAGACCUCCCUGGUGCAGCACAACGACUCGCUCAACGUGCGCCUCGCAUACCCCGUCUACGCACAGAUGCCCUCCGGACGCAGAUGAACCCCACCCCUGCCUGGCCACACCUCCACAUAGACAACAAACCAACCCCCUCUUGGGGAAGGGAGAACGGGGAGAGUGAAGGAAGGGAGGGAGGGGGAUUGGUUGAAAUAAGUGACCCCGAACACCAGACCCGAUAAAGAUAGAAACAAAUUAAACACUUGCUGCAACACACACGUCAGCCACCUUGGAGUUAUAUAUUUUUACAAGAACAAUUUCGGAGGGCAUUCUUUCUAAAGACUGCUUGAUUUGCACAAGGAAGUUUUAAAUGUUUGUGAAUGUGAAAAAAAAAAAAAGUGACUGACGGAAGGAAGGAAGGAAACUUGAGUUUCAGGUUGACCCCGCUGCUACCUAAACUCCAGCUCAGACUUUUUACCAGAAACUCAAAAACCACAUGAAUGACAACGAAGACGGCAACAAAACAUUCCCAUUUUAAAACUUUUGUUUUAGUUUCCCGUUAUUUUCAUUUAACACCUCAGAUGAUUAUAUUACGACCUUUUUGUUUUGUUUCUGGAGUUGUUUUCAUGUUUCCUUUUGUUUGUGGUAAAUGCAAGAGGAGAUGAUGUCAAGUGUCUGUUCUCUGUCCCUCUCCGUACGAAAAGCAAAAAUAAUGUAGCAUAACGAUACAACGGACACUUAUUUUAUGAAGUGUUCCUCCAUGUAGACUGCUGCUGAAGGGUUAGGGAGGGGGGCACACAAGCGACACAAAACAGUUUUGUAGUCUUGAAAGAAGGACAAAAGGCUUGCUUUUAUAAUAACUGUAUUGUGUUUUUUUUUUUUUGCUUUGUUGGGGCGGGGGGGUAUUUUUUGCCAAUGUGUACAUGGCAAUGUCACAGAUCAGAACCAGAGACCAAAGUUGGUGUCGAGAGGGAGGGGGAGGGCAAAGAGUCAGGUAGUGUGUGUUUCUUAGGCUUUUUUUUUUUUUCUUCUUUCUUUUUGUGAAUGAAGAAAAGCAAACGAAUGGUGUGUUUGAGACCACACAUAAAACCGAGUUUUGGGCCACGUGCUUGUGCACCAAAUAGCCUUUUUGGAAAACCAAAUGGUACGUAACCAGAAACACCAGGACCUUCUGUAAAUACAGAUGGUCAAGUAAGAAGCACUUAAACGAGUCCCAUUUGUGACCUCAGCACUCUGUACGUUACUCUGUGAUUGUCUUCCCUAUGUAAAUCCAAGUGGAAAAGUCAAAACUAAAGCUGAAACGAGUAGAUAAAUUAGUCAAUCGACGGAAGAAUAAUUGCUAACUAAAGUUAUAGUUUUAAGUCAUUUUCCAGCAAAAUCUAAAACAUACUUCAGCACAUCACAUUUGACUUUUAUACAUUUUUCACUAUUUUUUGACAGUUUAUAGACCAAACGCGUAAUUGAGUCAUUGAGAAAAUAACUUAGAAAAAUACCGCUGAAGAUGCAACUGAUUCCACACGUCUUUCUGCCGGGACUGAAAAUGUUUGUGGAAAUAUUGUAUUCAAACGUAAUUUUCACCCCAAGCAGACUUGACUGCUGGACAUGCAUUAAGUCCACUGACGCUAUGGCAGGCCAUGGCAGUUUGUGAAAAAUGUUGGAUUUUAAACACUUGCAUAGGGAGCACUAUGACCAAAUCACAGCAUAACAUCCAGAGCGCUGAGGUAACAAAUGUUGCUACAUUUAAACAAGACAAGAAAAGAUUACAAAUGGUCAGUUUCACCAAAAUCCUGAACCAUGGAACCUGAAACCCAUUUUAUGUGUGGUUUAAAAAAAAAAAAAAAAAAGAGUGAGAGAUACAUGAAUAUAUGCUAACGACUGUGGGUUGAAAAACUGGGACUCUGUGUUUUGUUACAAAACUUACAGAAAUAAUAAGCUUUGAUAAAAUGUUUAAUGUGUAACACAGAGAGCAGGUAGAUGGAGGCGAUGUCCCGAGCUGAAGACACAUGCUUUAGAAGUAAAUACUGAAAACUUGAAAGAACGUGCAAUCUAGCGUUGUGUAGUUCAGCAGUCAAGAAGAGAGUGAGAUGCACUAAGGUCCAAGAGAUAAUCAAAGUGCACAGUGAAGCUUUUGGAGUGAAUUUCCGUUUUGUUUGUCUGAUUGCUUAGUUUCCUCUUAUUUUGUGAAUUUUUGUUUUGUUUUUUAAACUCAGAACUUCUUGCCGGUGCUUGACUUUAUAACCAGUGGAAGCAUCACACAAUAAAAAAUAUCUUGAAAAACUGAAGAGAACAACA